AUGUCAAAUACCGAACAACAGCAAACAAAUGCCAUCCCUGUGAUUCAGCCUUUGGAAUUAAUCGAUAAAUGUAUUGGAUCGUCGAUAUUUGUUCUGAUGAAAGACGAUAAAGAACUGGUAGGAACACUUAGAGGAUUUGAUGAUUAUAUUAACAUGAUUCUGGACAAUGUCACCGAAUACUCAUACACUGUGGAUGGAUCUCGGAAAGAAACCAAGCUUCCUUCCCUUAUCUUAAACGGCAACAACGUGGCGAUUCUCGCUCCUGGUCUCACAGAACCACCUGCUGAAGAGUUGAACGCAGACAUCCGAUUCUAA